CACUCCAACGAAUAUCAAAACGGAUGACCCAAUGGUGAAGAAAGCGGGCAGCACCAACAACGAAACAAGAACCACCAAAUUCGACGACACCAGUGACGAAGAAGAACCAUCGAAUUCGACAUCACCAGCACGAAAGAACCAAAAAAGAACCUCCAAACUUGAUGACACCAGCGACGAAGAAAGAAUCAACGAAAAAAGAAGCACCGAAUUUAAACCAAAUUCAACGACACCAGCGACGAAAGAAUAA